AUGGAUGUCCUGCCUCCGCCAGACUACCCUCCUGUCAAGCCGAGCGAGUACCCUCAAAUUCUAACUCAAACGCCACCAGCGACUCUUGAAACAUUGCAUACUUCAGGCGUCAGUGGUGACAUCCAGAAAUUUCGGGAAAUUCUUGACUCACACAGUUCUUCAUCGGAGGUCUUUGAUAUAUGCGACUUGUACGCGAUAAUGAUCGAAGCCAUCAAACAAGACGAUGCGCAGUUUAUCAAGGAGCUUCUUGAUCGCGGCUUGCCCAUGGAUCCACUCUAUGCAUUGGAAGCCGUUAAAGUGAAGGGAAAGGAUGCUCUGAAAGUUUUCCUUCAAAAUGGAUGGGAUAUCAAUCAGCCCAUGAGCGAGCUUAAACCUCCCGUACUAGGUUAUACUGUUGAAGAUGAGGAGAUGGCUUCUUGGCUCAUUGAUCAUGGAGCAGAUCCUAACCGUCAAUGUGUUAUUGACCUCACUCCAUUCUCCUUUGCUGUCGAAAGCGCCCCCAUAUCCGUGAUCCACCUCAUUCUCAGCCAAGGCGGAGAUGUUCAAAAAGGCCAGCUUCUUCAUCAUGCAAUCGAACGUCGGUCGGAUACCAUCGAGGUCUUACGGCUUCUCAUCGAAAAAGGAGCGCCUAUCAAUGCAACUAUGUACAAGAACCAUUAUCCUUCUUGGGCGUUAUUCCAGUUUAUGGGUCUCAAAACGGCUCUGCACAAAGCCUCUGAACUCGGCAAAGCUGACGUGGUGCACUACUUGAUCGGCGAAGGUGCCGAUCAGAGUAUUAAAGAUGGAAAUGGCCGUACACCUAUGGAGUGUGCGCAAAUGUCGAGCCAAUGGGAAGUCAUCGAGGCAUUGAAGAAAGGGCGGUAG